AUACGGAGGAGAACCAAAAAAGCGUAGGCUAUUGAAGCACAGCACAGCCAUGAAAAGGAGUUCAGCUGAUGCUUCAAGCCGCAGCACAGCAGGUUGUUUGCCUGUGCCUCUCUUCAACCAGAAAAAGAGACCCAGGCAGCCCCUCACCUCAAAUCCCCUUAAGAACGAGCCGGCUUCCAGUUCUGUGACUCAUGACUUUUCUUCCUCAUCACUGGGCUGGGGAGCUGCAAACCCAGAAGUCGAUGAGCUACAGAAAGCAGCAGACAAUGGAGCAGAUGAUCACAUGGCUCCUUCCCCUGUGAAAUCACCCAAUGCACUAAGGCCUAAUUUAGUCAAAGCUGGAAGAAACUUGUAUGACCACAGGGCAGAAGAGAAGACUCCCAGUACUAAAAUUUGGAACAGAAAUGAGUGCACCCCUGCAAGUAACAGAACAGGUUCAAUAUCUGGUAGUGGAACUACUCAAAAGUUUGAGAACCGUUCAAAUAAUUGGAAACCUGUUCAGCAGCAGAAAGUACCUGAUAGCUCCAAUUCAUCUCAGCACAUCAAAACAACAGAAACCAGCCAAACGCGUUCCACUAAAGGACAGUGGCCAGUGAAACCUAACACUGCGUCAGGAAAUCUGCAGGAUUAUGGUCUGCCAUAUAAAUUGAACUGCAAUAGUCAGCAAAAUAGCACGAAUGAAAAGCAAUUUGAUUGCGUUCCAGAAGCCAAAAGUCAGGAUGUUUCUUCAUUUCAAUUAAAGCUUAAAGAAAAAAGGAAUUCUUUGCGAAUCGUAUCUGCAGUCAUUGAAAGCAUGAAGCACUGGAGCCAAUACACUUACAAAACUCCAAUAUUAUUUGAAGUUUUAGGCACCCUUGAUUCUGCAGUCACAUCUGGAGCGUACGGAGCCAAGAAUUUUCUUUUGAGAGAUGGAAAGGAGAGCCUGCCGUGUGUUUUUUAUGAAAUUGAUCGCGAGCUUCCAAGACUCAUUAGAGGCCGUGUGCUCAGAUGCAUGGGAAACUAUGACACAAAAAAGAACAUUUUCAAGUGUGUCUCUGUAAGACCAGCAACUGUUCCAGAACAAAACACUUUUCAAGAAUUUGUUAAAAUUGCAGAUGUUGAGAUGACAGCCUACGUAAAAACAAUGAAUGAAAUUUAAAUGUAAAGGUUGUAUAAAAUUCAUUCACUCAAACUAAUGCUGAAAAAUGUGACUAAAUAAUUGAAAAUAUACUCUGUUAUCAACAAAUGCUAAGGACAGCAUUUUGUUUCCACUAUUACUCUCACAGUGUAUUUUCUCUGGCUAUCUGUGCGAUAACAGCAUUUGUUAUGUAGUUCAUUGGAUUUUACUGGAGAAAUUCUGAAUUAAAAUGUUGAAGUUGUUUAUAUGAACGUAACUUAUUUAUAUGAACUGUUCCUGCUUAACUAGAGUGAGGCAAAUUCUAUUUUUUUGGAAUGGACUGUUCAAUGAGUUUUAUUUAAAAACAAACAAAAAAAUCCAUGGAUCAGUGAGAACUGCAGGGAGUGCCCCACUCGUAUCCCUUUUGUCUGUUACCCCAGUGUAUGCAUCCUUAACAGCAGACCAGGCUGAUUAGUGGCCUCUUAUCUCUCCCAGUCACUGAAGAAAAGACUUAAUAGUGAAACUUCCUUCCAUUGAGGCACGAGGAGGAGAAAUGAGGCUGAGCCACAGGUGGCUAACGAGAAUGAAAACAGUGCCUCCUUUUUAGAGAUGGCCUAAGCCUGAGGAAUUCUCAAACAUGUUUUGAGCAUCCCUAAGGGGAUCAAACCCUUCUCUUACCUUCUCGCCUCCAUGCCACACUGCCUAUACGUGCUACCUACUGUACAUUUUAUUUUCCCCUUUUGGUGUGGUGGGUUUUUGUUUGUUUCUAUGCCCACAAGCAAUCAGUUUAGACCUUUACAAACAAUUUGCUGAGAGUGAAAUUUUAUGUUUCUGAUUUCUGUAAUACUUGGCCACACAAAUUUGACUUUGACAGUAGUUCAGGUGUCUCAGAAAAAGGAUACUGUCAAAACUAAUUCACACUGCCAUUGCUUCUUACCUUCAGCUAUUAGAAAUACCUUCAGUACCUGUUUCAGAAUGUUGACUGUGGUGAGUGUUUGGUCAAAGUUCAGUAGUGAUCAAACAUCAACAAAGUUCUUUGUGUGAUUUCAUUAAAAUUGCUCUCUGCUAGAAAGUAAGAUGGUGUAUCCUGCUUCAGUUUCCUUUGAAUAGCAACAGCAUGUGUAAGAGCUCUUCCAGAAAGGCACAUAACAGGCACUGCAGAAGGAUUUCACAGGAUACAGCUGUACACAGUAGGUAUUCACGUGGUUCCCUUUGCUACACCACUAGUUGUACUCCUCUUUAAAAACAGCGGAUCAUUAAGACACUUGUUUAAAAGAGCAGCAUGCCCUGUAGCUGUGGGAACGUUGUUUAAGGACACGCAGGAAGUUGGAAAAUAAUUACUUGAGCACAGAACUUCCUUGCCUUUGCCAUAGGAACAUCCUGUGAGGGACGGUCCACAUGCAUGUUUGUGUCUUUGCCUUCAAACAUCUACUCUCACACUUAUUCCUGUUGUUUCUAUUUCCUUCUCCCCUUACUUCAACACCUUGUACCAAAUUUGUUGGAAUUUUUUUUUUUAAUAAAAAAAGAGAGAGAUGUUAAGAAAACAGUGAACAGUGAUUUUUUUUUUUUUUUCAAAUUUUUUUAUUAUACAGUGUUGGCAAUUGGAAAUUUCACAUUUAAAAUAAUUGAAGUAUUGUAUCCAACAAGUCAAAUACAGAAAACAGUUAAUAUUCUAAAAAGGAGCCAGCUAGUCAAUGCAGAAACACAUUAAUGGAAAAUACAGCUUUUAGUUACACUUAGAAAAUUAUAUAUUUAGAAUAAAACUUGAACCUGAUCCCAUAAAUUGUUUGACUUUUAACAAGAAAAUGCUUUACACAGUUCAACUCGCAGACAGUCUUUAUUUUAAAAAGUGAUCUGUCAGUGUUAGCAUAUGGAUUGUUAGCAACACCCUACUGAAGCUGUCAGUUAAGGAGCUAAAGCAUAUGCUUUCCUAACUGUGCUAAGAAUCCCUUGCCUUAUCUCUGUCUUCUGUGCUAAGCUGGUUCUGAGCAUGGAUGUUUCAAGGAAAGUUUUGCCUGUCCAGUUGUAGGGGUCCUGUACUUAUGCUUCAUUUCCUUAAUGUAUGGUAAAACAACAAAAUUUCCAAAUGGAGGCAGUAGUUGGGUUCAUGGAAGGAAACAGAGCCUGACAGCGCUCACAACAAAAAAGGCUGAGUUUAAAGAAGUAAAAGAUUUGGUACAGCAGCGUUGUGAAUUGUAGAACUCCAUUAAAACAGUACGUUGAAAUUAUGAGGGAGGUUUGAGCUGUGGGGCCAGAAUUGCAAGAGAGCGUGUGUGUGUGUGUGUGUGUGUGUGUGUGUGUGUGUGUGUGUGUGUGUGUGUUCAACACCACACA